UAUGGUGUACACACGCCCUGUCCCAAUUCUCCGGCUUAACAUCUGCGCGAGCUCCAUUUAUCUGCUUUCCUUCACCAACAUCUAGAGGGAGAAACCAUAGAUUUCUAGCGAGAAAGAGCGAGAAUCAAUGGGAUUGGGUUCGCUAGCCUCCAGAGCUCUUCGAUCAUCAUCGUCAUCUAGGGUUUUGUCAACAAAUCCUAGGUAUAAUCUUAUUCGAACAAUCGUCUCCACACCUGAGCUUCACAAACCUGAAGCCGCUACUGAAGCGGCGUCGGAGCCCGAUCUACCAAAGCGUACUCCUAUUGCCGGAGCUAGGGUUCAUUUCCCCAAUCCAGAUGAUGUCAUAGAAGUCUUUGUGGAUGGGUAUCCGGUUAAGAUCCCAAAGGGGAUGACUGUUUUGCAGGCCUGUUCAGUCGCCGGCGUUGACAUCCCACGUUUUUGUUACCAUGACCGUCUUUCCAUCGCUGGUAACUGCCGUAUGUGCCUCGUUGAGGUGGAGAAGUCGCCUAAGCCAGUUGCUUCUUGCGCAAUGCCUGCACUUCCUGGGAUGAAAAUCAAGACUGACACACCAAUUGCAAAGAAAGCACGCGAAGGUGUAAUGGAGUUCCUUCUGAUGAAUCAUCCACUGGAUUGCCCAAUUUGCGAUCAAGGUGGUGAAUGUGAUCUCCAAGAUCAAUCCAUGGCCUUUGGAUCUGAUAGAGGCCGAUUCACUGAAACAAAAAGAUCAGUAGUUGACAAGAAUCUUGGCCCUUUAGUCAAAACUGUCAUGACUCGUUGCAUUCAAUGCACCAGAUGCGUGAGAUUUGCAAGUGAAAUAGCCGGAGUCCAAGAUCUUGGGAUGUUGGGACGUGGAAGUGGAGAAGAAAUUGGAACAUAUGUUGAGAAACUUAUGACUAGCGAACUUUCAGGAAAUGUAAUCGAUAUUUGUCCUGUAGGUGCCUUAACUUCAAAACCCUUUGCUUUCAAAGCAAGAAAUUGGGAGUUAAAAGGAACCGAAACCAUCGAUGUCACAGAUGCUGUUGGCUCCAACAUCCGUAUCGACAGUCGAGGCCCCGAAGUCAUGCGCAUUGUCCCACGCUUAAACGAGGACAUUAAUGAGGAAUGGAUAUCGGAUAAAACCCGUUUCUGUUAUGACGGUUUGAAGAGACAGAGACUCAGUGAUCCGAUGAUCCGUGGUGCUGAUGGCCACUUUAAACCGGUGAGCUGGCGGGAUGCUCUUGCUGUGGUGGCGGAAGUUCUCCAUCAAGUGAAACCCGAGGAAAUUGUCGGGGUUGCUGGAAAGUUAAGUGAUGCUGAAUCUAUGAUGUCACUCAAAGAUUUCUUGAACAGAAUGGGAUCAAAUAAUAUUUGGUGUGAAGGAAAUGGAAAGUAUCUAGAUGCCGAUCUUCGUUCUGGAUAUCUCAUGAACACUAGCAUAAGUGGUUUAGAAAAAGCGGAUUGCUUUCUUCUUGUUGGAACUCAACCACGUGUUGAAGCUGUGAUGGUGAACGCGCGAAUCCGCAAAACAGUCCGAGCCACGAAAGCCAAAGUCGGAUACAUCGGUCCGCCGACUGAUUUCAACUACGACCACGACCACCUCGGCACCACUCCGGAAACCCUAGCGGCAAUCUUGGACGGCAACCACCCGUUCUCCGCCGCCCUCUCCACCGCUAAAAAUCCCGCCAUCAUCAUCGGCGCCGGAAUCUUCGACCGCCAAGACACCGCCGCGAUCCUCUCCCUCCUCAACUCCCUCUCCGCCAAAUUCAAAAACCUAAUCACCCCGGAAUGGAACGGCCUCAACGUCCUCCUCCUCAACGCCGCCCAAGCCGCCGCCCUCGACCUCGGCCUAAUCCCGGAAUCCGACUCCGGAAUGGAAUCAGCCAAAUUCGUUUACUUAAUGGGAGCCGACGACACUAAUUUAGACGAUCUUCCAAAAGACGCGUUUGUGGUCUACCAAGGGCAUCAUGGGGAUAAAGGGGUUUACAGAGCAAACGUGAUUUUUCCUUCGACUGUUUUUAGUGAGAAGGAAGGGACGUAUGAGAACACCGAAGGGUGUGUCCAACAAACUGUGCCAGCUGUCCCGACUGUUGGUGAUGCGAGAGAGGAUUGGAAGAUCAUAAGGGCGCUUUCGGAAGUUUGUGGGGUCCGGCUACCUUACGAUAGUAUUAGUGGGGUCCGGUCUAGGAUUAAGAAUGUGGCCCCGAAUUUAUUGCGCGUUGAUGAGCGGGAGGCGGCGGUGUUUUCGGGGUUGUUGAAACCGGAGGGGAGUGGGAAGGUGAGCGCGGUGCCGUUUGGUGUUACGGUGGAGAAUUUUUAUAUGACGGAUGCGAUUACAAGGGCUUCCAAGAUUAUGGCGCAAUGCAGUGCUUUGUUGGCUAAGAAAUGAGGAGAGUUGUUUGAAAGAUGUAAGAUGUAAUAAAGUGGCCUUCACUUUGAGUUUGAGAGCAUUGAAUUUGAAACUUCAUUUUUAUACUUUUUCUGUUUGACAAGAAAUAUGCUUGUAAAAAUACUGUGCCUUUAGCCGAAGGAAGUUAUUAUGGUCAUAAAUGGGGGAAAAACACAGUUGUUUUUGUAAUGUAAGGAGUAUUUGAUCUUGAUUUA